UACAGGAUGGAGACUCCGGGACAAAGGGUGGAAGAUUGGGAUAUACGAAUACUCAGACCGAGUAGGAGGGAAGAUGUAUUCAAAAUCCUUCCCUGAUGCACCGGAUCUUCCUGUGGAUUUUGGAGCAAUGAGACUAAGACCUGAAGACCAUGUUAGGAUGAUCAAGGCAGGGCGAGAGCUUGGGCUAACCUUUGUUCCUUUUCCUGAAGGUGGAGGUAGAAUUCCUGAGCGAACGCUUCUAUACCUGCGUAAUACCCGUCUAAGAACAUACGAGUUAGGAGGACCCCGAACUCCGUACAGACUAAGACCAGAGGAGCUCAUGAACCCUCGAGAUUUGUCAAGAUUACUUUCUGAAACUUACACUAACUAUAAUGGUACGAACCCAAGGGCUGAACAUUUUAACGCUACCACUAUCGAUGGAGUUCCUGUAUAUCUUCAGAGCUAUGAAAACGUUAUACAAAAAACAGGUAUCAGUUUGGAAGCUCGAACAUAUAUCAGAGACAGCAGUGCUUUUCACGCUGGAUUGGGCCCUACACAGAGCAAUUCACGUUUUUUAAAAACUCGACAAGGAUUCGAGGAGGAAAACACUAGACCUUCAGACCUUCCUUCGUAUGUGACAGUUCCGACGGGGAUGAAUUCCUUCCCUGUGGAAUUCAUGAGGACGUUUCUUGUAUCUAAUCCAAAGAGUAAUCCUCAAUUCCUGUCUGCACUGAAUUCAGUGGUAGACGUGCAAUCCUCAAAGAUAUUCCUGAUUUACAACUAUCCAUGGUGGCUAGGAGGAUCACAUAAUUUCACCUAUACCCAAUCCGAUCUUCCGUACAGACAGUCAUAUAACUGGGGUAUAUCACGGACUGGGAAGGCAGUUCUCCUCAUAUCAUAUGCAGAUACUGAUGCUGUACCAUUUUGGAGCCGACUUCAGAACAUGGGAAACAUAAUCAGUAAGAGAUAUGACGAUACAAGAGUCACGGACGAAGUAGUAAAACAGGCUCACUUACAGUUAUCCAGAGUAUACAACAGACAUGUCAAUAGUAUUCCUGCUCCAAUCGAUGGGAUGAUGUUUAUCUGGAACAAAUAUCCUUAUAAUGGCGGGUGGGUCGUGUGGAAGCCUGGAUCAAGGUGGUACGAUAUCAAAAGAUAUCUCACUCGGCCGUUUCCUCGAGAAAAUAUUUACAUAAAUCACGGUUACUGGGGAGCUGAUCUUAACGGAUGGGGAGAGGGUUCCUUGGAGGGUGCAGAUGACGUUUUGUCUUAUUUCGAUGUACCAUCCUAUUUAAAAACUACUUAACGUCAAAAAGUUUAUAUCUAAAGUUAAUUAAUAUUUUCUGCAUUACAUGUUUAAAAAAGAAGUUAGCUACUGGUAGCAACCUUUUUAAAUGUGGCACAUAGAUCAAAAGAUAUCGAAGAGACAAAACUAUUUUUGAAAAUCACUAUUCAAAGAAUGGAUUUACUACGAUAUUGUCUUUGAAAGUCCUGCAGAUAUUAAAAGUAAAAAUAUUUUCGUAAAACGUCUUAAAAUUCUCAUGAAUUUGAAUUAUUUAUUAAAUGAUUAUGGCUGUAUUGUAAGUUAACACUUGAUAAAUUAACCUUUGUCUGGGAUUAAGAUGAUUCAAUAUAAAGAGAACUUUCGCACCUUGUCAAUUGGUUUUCUAAGACCAUUGUCACAAAUCAAUUGAGUUUCAUUUGUUUAGUAUUGCGGGAUGCAAUCGACUUGGAAAA